UGAUGACUGAAGCAGCCCUGCUGAAGCGACUGGAGUGUAAGAGUGGCCAUUUCCAUGCCUUUUCACAACAAGACAUUCCUGUCCGCCACCACUACUCCAACAACCCACGUAUAGGGGAUGUCAUCCUGGAUGUCCAGGCCAAGUGGACAGUGUCAAGGAAGCGAAGUUCCUUUUGUUUGCAAGGUAACCAUGGUUACGACAACCUGUACAAAAGUAUGCAGGCUUUAUUUUUGGCUCAUGGACCAGGAUUUAAGGUGAAUUACACAACCAAACCAUUUGAGAACAUUGAGCUCUACAACAUGAUGUCAGAUCUACUAGAGAUUGUGCCAAGCUCUAAUAAUGGUACCACUGGGUCACUGGAUGACAUGCUGAAGAACCCUCAAACAAGAGAUCAACCCAACUUAAGUAAAUGUCCCAAGUGUAAUACACAUAUUGCUAUUGGACCACAACAGGCACUCUGUGGCUGUGACAACACGCUGCCAACUAGCACCACUGCCUCGGUGCGGAGUUAUACCCCCUUGUUUGGGGCUCCGGUCACCACUCAUAGUGGGUUACAGAUAUGUGAACUGGAUCAGGGAAACUUCAGGACUGGGUACAGCAAACUGUUUCAUACACCUGUCUGGUCAACCUUCACUCUCCCCAGGAAACAGAAUGUGAGUUUGAUCGACGAUGCAUGUGUGCUGCUAGACCGUAGAUUACCGAAGGUUUCAUGUGACAGUUACCAUGGUAACAACAUCACACAGGUGUUUCUGUACAAUCCAGGUUUUGACACCAUACAGACAGAGAGUAGACUACACACCAACACUGUCCCAAUGUACACAGGAUUUUAUUCAG